GAAAUGGUUAUAAAAUACAAAUGAAGGGUGAGAUGAGAUCUGAGUGGUCUGACUCUGACAGGGCCUCUAAAUUUGAUUUCAUCUCCGAGUCAACACCCAUCGUAACAUCAAUCAUUCAUUCUCCAGAAAAACCCUAAUCGUAAUCAUCAAGGUCUACACAUGAAAGCUUAAAAUCGAAUCGAAUCGAAUCCUAGCAUACCCACACACAAUCGCGAUCCAUCGAAAAGAAAGCAAAAAUGUCGUCGGAGAUUGAGGUGGUGGAGGAAGUCGAAUCCAAUCCCAAGGAGAACGGUGAAUCAAGUUCCUCCAAGCCGAUCGAAGACGAGAGCUUGAAGAACGAUGUCUACACUGCCUCGGCAUACGGUGAUUUGGAGAAGCUUCAUAGAUUGGUCGAGUGUGAGGGCUGCUCUGUCUCUGAACCCGAUGGUCUUGGCUACUACGCGCUUCAGUGGUCCGCCUUGAACAACCGCUCCGCCGUUGCUCAGUACAUUAUCGAGCAUGGUGGAGAUGUGAAUGCGACGGAUCAUACGGGGCAGACUGCGUUGCAUUGGAGUGCUGUUCGUGGUGCGGUGCAAGUUGCGGAGCUUUUGCUUCAAGAGGGUGCAAGGGUUGAUGCUACGGAUAUGUAUGGAUAUCAGCCAACGCAUGUUGCAGCACAGUAUGGCCAGACUGCUUUUCUCUGCCACGUCAUCUCAAAGUGGAACGCUGAUCCUGAUGUGCCCGAUAACGAUGGAAGGAGCCCCUUGCACUGGGCUGCAUAUAAAGGUUUUGCAGAUUCAAUUCGCCUUCUUUUAUUUUUAGACGCAUAUAGAGGACGGCAGGACAAAGAAGGUUGCACUCCUUUGCACUGGGCUGCCAUUCGAGGUAAUUUGGAGGCUUGCACUGUAUUGGUUAAGGCUGGGGAGAAAGAGGGUUUGAUGAUUACUGACAAUACCGGGCUUACCCCCGCACAACUUGCUGCUGAAAAGAAUCACCGACAAGUUUCCUUUUUCCUUGGUAAUGCUAGAAGGCUGCUUGAAAAGCGGUGGGACGGAAACAGUCCCCUUGGAAAAUUGUCAAAGUUGGGACUUGCUCCAUUUCUUUGGUUCAUGAUUCUUCUACUUCUCCUCAUAUAUACCAAUUCUGUUGUUUUGGCAUCCAAUCUGCCGAAGCUAACAACUGGGAUUGGUGCGCUUGCAUGGUUGGGAUUCCUUCUUGCAACAGGAGGGCUGGUUUUGUUUUACCGUUGUAGCAAAAAGGAUCCAGGUUACAUCAGAAUGAAUAUCCAUGAUCCGCAGACCAUAAAAGAUGAUGAACCACUGUUGAAAAUAGAGCUAAACAACCCUGCUUUACUUUCUGGGAAUUGGACGCAGCUCUGUGCAACAUGCAAGAUUAUCAGACCUAUUCGAGCUAAGCACUGUUCCACCUGUGAUCGUUGUGUAGAGCAAUUUGAUCACCAUUGUCCUUGGGUGUCAAACUGUGUCGGAAAAAAAAACAAGUGGGACUUUUUUCUUUUUCUUCUAUUGGAAGUACUAGCGAUGCUGAUAACUGGUGGCGUCACUCUUGCAAGAGUCUUGAGUGACCCUUCAGCUCCAUCUUCGUUUGGAUCAUGGAUUAGCUAUGUCGCUAGCAAUCAUGUUGGCGCAUUAUCCUUUCUUCUUGUUGAAUUCUGCCUUUUCUUUUCAGUUGCUGUCUUAACAGUCAUACAAGCGUCUCAGAUAUCGAGGAAUAUAACCACAAACGAAAUGGCUAACGCACUGCGCUACAGCUACCUAAGAGGUCCAGGAGGUGGCUUCAGGAAUCCGUACGAUCACGGUUGCAAAAGAAACUGCUCGGAUUUCCUGGUGAAAGGUUAUAACGAAGAUAUUGAGUGUCAUGAAGAAGACACAACACCGAGACAAGAAGGUAUUAGCAUGAUGCAGAUGCAGCGGAGUUCUAAUACUCAAAAUGGCAAUGGCCAUGUUUCUAUCGAUGUUAACCCGAUACAUAAAUCGCAGUCAGCACAUGCUCAUUCUUCCAACUGCAGCCAUAAACCAUAGCAGUAAGUCAUAGAGACUUGGCCUUGGCCGGAACCCAGCCCGACCUGUUGUACCUCCAUCAUAUAUGGUCGUGUCCCAAAUGUUCUUCAAAGGAGCAUUUGUGUUGUAAGAAUCACGUUUGUCCUCUGGAGUCUUGAUACCACAUUCCAUUUCAGGUGAAGAUAACAGUGUAACAGAAAUGGCUGUAAGUUAUGUUUUUUGAGUAUGGAAGUUUGAAUCUAUAAAUUGUUUAAUCAUCCGUUUUAUUAAUCAUUUUCCAAAUGCAAAUUAAUCGUCACAACACAGCAUUACAGACUUUUACAUGUAACAACGAGAAUUACAAGAGAAUGGCUGACCAUCUCAAACAACUCUGAACCAAAAUCUUGAGGAGGUUCAAUAAUUUUGCUUUAUGUAUGAAUGUUACACGCCAAAUGAGAUCUAAGUCAAAAACCAACGAAUAAAGUCACAGCUCACCCGGUGACCAAAAAAAAAAA